AAGUAUUGCUAUGCGCACAUGAAUGCGCAGUUCGUCGAAAUACAUCGUAAUUCCCGUAAUUCCUUCACAUUACGCCAGGGGCAACACAACAAUGGAAGGUGAACUGUGUAUGCGUAGAAUUCGUAAAUAAAUAUGACAGUAUAUCUAACAAAUAAAUAGGUUACGUUUAUUAAUAAUAAAAUCAGGAAAUAAGGCAGUAAACUACCAAACUAUACCAACCACAUGGAGUUUUAAUGAAGUGUUAUUUAUUUUACAAUAAAAUCUUGUCUGCUAUAGGAAAAAAUAACUGUUUUUAACUUAACUUAUAUCUUUAUAAUAAUAACUGUUGCAAUAAAUAAGAUAAGAGAAACAAUUUUUUUCCGAUGGAAGAUUACAAAUUCCUUUUCAAAGUAGUGCUGGUAGGAAAUGCUGGCGUCGGAAAAACCUGUUUAGUUCGUCGGUUUACACAAGGACUGUUUCCACCGGGUCAAGGAGCCACAAUCGGUGUAGACUUCAUGAUCAAAACCGUGGAAAUAGACAAUGAGAAAGUGAAGCUCCAGAUAUGGGACACAGCUGGGCAGGAGAGGUUUCGCUCAAUCACCCAGAGUUACUAUCGCUCGGCCCACGCGCUGAUCCUGGUGUAUGACAUCAGCUGUCAGCCGACGUUCGACUGUCUACCGGACUGGCUGCGGGAAAUUGAAGAGUAUGCUAGUAACAAAGUGUUAAGAAUACUCGUUGGCAAUAAAAUAGACAGGGAAGACCGUGAGAUCCCAGCUCACGUGGGAGAGGACUUUGCCCAGCGACACAACAUGUACUACCUGGAGACGUCGGCCAAGGAAGCGGAGAACGUGGAGAAGCUGUUCAUGGAGAUUGCUGCGGAGUUGAUGGAGGCAGCAAGCAAGAGUGAAGGAGCUGCCGAGGUACGACACGAGCCCGCCGACGAUAAACGGCAAGACGACCGUCAUCGGAGACGGCGGUUGCUGCAGCCGGCUCUCGUAACCGCCGGCCGUGGCGUAACGCGGCUCGCGAGGUGACGAGGACUUUUGCACUCGCCGUGUUAUUUUGCAGGUCGCCGGCGCGGUGACGUCACAGCAAGUUGUGCAGGCCAGACGACGCGCAGACUGCCAGCGUUUACCCCUUAGUGCCGCGUCCACGCGUUCCUGCUUUUGGUUGUCCUAGCUGUUCAUCGACGUGUCGCUGUAAUUGAGUUGCCAUGGUUUUUGCUGAAAGUUGGGUUCACUUACGCCUAGAAAUCAGAGAGCACACUCUUGGCAAGUUCGUAAAAUAUCUUGCUUGAUGGUAAAUGGCUUCUUUAGUAGUAGAAGUGGGUGGGAAGGGGGGGGGGGGAUACUAGCAAAAUUAUGGGGUGUGGUAGCCAAAAAGAAAAAUUUUAACUAAUUUAAUCUAUUGCAGCUCAGUUAUGAAACAACAUGUUUUAAGUAUUCAUUGACCAUUCAUUAAAUUAUGGACUGAAAUGAGUCACCAUUUGUAAUCCCUAUAGCAGAUCAUAUCUGACAACACGAUGGCAGGUCCUAGUGUGACCAUAACAUGUUAGUGUCAACAUGGUGAGGCUAGCAAUAUGUGACUUGACUUGUCAUAUUCAAAAUUCUACUCAUCAAUGACAUAUAUAUACAUGUAUAAACAAAGUUUUGUCAAUUUUGGUGAUCUGAAAAAUUGAGAAUAUGUACUUAUUACUUGAAAUUAUAUUGCUGUGGUGAGGUUUGUCCACAAGGCAGCUCAAACAAAUGUCACUUAAUCUGAAACAACAUCUAGUUCUAUUGAGGUGAACUGUCCCUGGGUCAUUGAAAGGCCACGUGUGGGACUUUUAGCACAAAGUCGACUGUGAUCGCCACAAAAUUCCAGAUGCUGUAAGAACUGUGUUGCUUGCUUCUAGGUGACCAUCUGCAUUGCCAGUUGUGCUCUGCCGAGUUUUUUCAUUAUCGGUCAGAUGCGGAGGCCAUUGUAAAAUGCACCCUCUUUUCAUUCCUGUUACUAUGUAGUAUACAUUUUCGUAAGGUGUAAUCAUGGUUGUAUUUUUUAAUCAAAUAGGCAGUGUUAUUUAUGAUUAUAUUUUUGAUGUAGUUUAUCUUUUUAUAUUAAUGGACAUUCGCCAUGUACUGUAAUUUUUUUUAUCACAAUAAUUUAUUGAGAAACUUAAGGUGUACUUAAAAAGCAUUUUUAAAUAUAUUUGUUGAGUAGUUUAAUUUCAGAACAUAACAAUUUGACAUAAUGUUCAUUCAUGCCUAAAAUUUUAGAGUUGGCUAUGUUGUAUACUACAUAUCUGGGUGGUAUGAUCCUCUUAAUUAACCAUUAAAUAAGUAUCUUUUUAAUUUUUAAAAAGUUAUCUUUAAAUAGUUCAGUAAUACUUUAAAUGUUUUGUUAGUUUCUUUCAGGUUGGAAAAAAAAUAAAAAAAUUACUUUCAGUAAAAUUACAUUUUAAAUAAUACGGUACCACUACUUUGUCAGCUUUGUUAGAUGAUGCUGCUGAGAAUAUAAACAAUUCUAUGCUACAUUUUUGGUCAUUUACAUUCAAUUUCUUUUGAGAUCAAAGAACAAGAAUUUGGUUUACAAAUAUGCCUCACUUCAGUCCUGUUACAUGUUAAUAAUAAUUACCUCUAUUAACUGUAGUAUUUUGUGUAUAGUAAUAUAGCAAGUAUGUUUUAUGCUUUUAAAAUUUUUUUAGAGGCUUAGUUUUGUAUAAUUAUUUUGUAAAAAUAUUUUUAAUUCAACAUUCCUUUUGCAUUGUCUACAAACGUGCUAAAAAAAUUGAUAUUGAAACUCAGACUGUCCAUGAAGUUCCUUCUGUGUGUCCGGCUGAUGGUGUUCUCACGCUCUUGCAGCUUACGAGACAGUGUUAAACUGGUGUUGUAGUAUGAUUCAGGGAAACGGUUGAAAGUCUCCUGUGGAUGCUUUUCCAGUUUUCAAUUAAGUCACAUACACAUUAGUUCUACUGCACAUUCUAUUAUCUUGAUUGCGUGAUAUGUGUAACUCAGCAGAAUUGUGCAGUUUCCACAUUGCCAGACUGCUUACAAAGAAAUAAAAUACAGUAGAACCCCGAUUUAACGAAGGGCUACGGUUACCGAAAAUGUUUACUCUAAAUCAAUGUUUCGUUAAAUCCGAUUUACCGAUUUUCAAUGACCCCUGCACUCAUAAUCGCGUACCUACGUUUCCAUAUCGUAGACAGGGUCGACGCUGAUAUCUUGUGCUGCCGUGCUAUCUCAGACUUCGUCAACUUUCCAUCUUCAACGUUUUUGAUCUCGCUCGUACGGCCCCCCCGGUUCGUACGUACACCUCGGUUGUACAUACAGAUUUUUAGAAACCGUGAAAAAUGAGGCAUAAAAAAAAGUUUAAAAAUAUGUAAAGUGUAAGAAAUACGUUAAAAUUUAUUAAAAUACAGUCGCAACCUGCAGCGUUUAUAACAAAAGUGAGCUACAUACACAUUGCGUCACAGUAAAAAAUUAAAAAAAAAAGGCCGCAAAUUGAUGGAAAUUUACCGUCCAUAGCGCGCCGUACGCGGAGAAAGGUCAUUCUACUCGGUCAGCUGCUGUUACGGCGCGGCGUGGCCGCCGGCUGACUCUCUUUGUUCGCUCAGCUGCGCAGCACUUAUAAAAAACGUAUUCCAAAAACUAAACACCGCGCACAAAGCUCUUACUGAGAAUAUAGAGCUGUAGCAAACCGUAUGUAUUCGGUACUGAGUAACGGGUGCGCCAUCUAGUAACGAGUAACGAAACGUUACACACGGCUGCAUAUCGUUACUCGCAUUUUUCGUAUGUUUUACGCAUGCGCGCGCAUAUUCGAUGAAUUUGCGUUACAAAGAACGAUGUUUGUUUAUUAAGUAAAGUAUAAUUUGGAAAUUCGUCGUCAAAGUUUUUUACUGUUUAUUAAAGGUAUUGUGUGUGUAGACAAAGUUUGAGAUUGGAACAGAAACAACGUAAGAAAGUAUUGUUUACAAAUUAGAAAUAUGUAUGUUUUUGUUUUUUAUUAUCGCAUAUUUUCGCGUGUUUUUUUUGUUAUCUUAAAAGAGAUAAUAUAAAUAAGCUGCAUUAAUGAGAUUUAAUUGUUUCUUGGUUAACAAAAACUGUUAAUUAUCAAAUAUUGUUAAUUGUUUAUAUUCUAUUUAUUAUUAUUUACGCGACGUCAUAAUGUACGCGUACGCAAUACGACUCGAUUCGUUGGUGCAACAUAACAUAGCUUUUUAAUGCGGUUUCAGAAGUAACGAGUAACGUAACGAUACAAUAGUAACGAGUAUUUUUAACGAAUACAUACGGGUACGCUUUUUUUCGUUACUUUUACACAUCUAGAGAAUAAUGAUAAUGGCGUAUUGGUGUGACGUGGUCACAAGUUGAAAAAACCUGGAGGAUGGGAAAGGGAAUACAGUAGAACCCUGUUGUAAUGUUCCUGCAUAUAAUGUUUUCCUGCUUAUAAUGUCAUAUUUUUAAAGUCCCAAUAUUUCCCCCAUAAGGACAAUGUAUUUAUUUCCUGCAUAUAAUGUUCAUAAAUAGUGUAAUUUCCUGCUUAUAAUGUUUGCAUUUAAUUUCCUGCUUAUAAUGUUUGCAUUCUAACAUUCAAUAAAUGGGGAAAAAAUGUUUUAAAACCAAAUUAUUCCAACACUUACGAUAAAAAGUUUCCUUUAUGUAUGUUUAUGUUUACAAUCACUGCCAUACAAUACAUGAAGUUUGUUAAAAUACAAUUUUAUGCAAUAUACUGAAGGUACACAAUGUUCAUAGUUACGUGUCAGUUGGCACCCUUAGUCAACUCUUCUCUUCCUUGCCAUUCCAGUGGGUAUUCAGAUGCACAUACAUAGUCCUACAAUAUUUAAGUUGCCAAACAUUGAGCGAGGGCAUAACUAAAAGUGUUUUCUAUUGCUUACAAAUAAUUUUUUUUUCAUUCAUACGUAGGAAUCCCAAAAUUAAACAUUUUCAGGUGGCGAAGGAGAAGACAUUUUCACUCUUAAUGUUGUCAUCAUGAAUUGUGAGACAAUUUUACAAAAAAAGUGGCAGUGUAUCUUUAAAGACAAACAUAAUUUAACCAGGGAACAAGACGAAGUUGAAAAAUUGUUGGCUUGUUUCAGAAAAUUCAUGUAUCUAGUAUACUAUCUUUGGUUUUAAAAUUAAAGUUGUUUACAUAGCUUUGUGAGUCCAUUGGUACAAAGCUCGAACAUUGUGAAGUGCUAAAUUGAGAUUUCCUGCUUAUAACGUUUUCCUGCUUAUAAUGUUUUUUUCUUGUGCUCCCUUGAAAAACAUUAUAACAGGGUUCUACUGUAUUUGGAAACGUGUGAUUAUUGGCUAGCACUGUUACUAUGCGGGCGUGAUUGGAAUAUAACGUGGUGAGUCAAGCAGGAUGGAGAAGGGGGAGGGGGAUGCGGACAAAGAAACCCUUCAUGACGUCAUGUGUCGCGGACAGUCUAUCUAUCCAGGCGCGCGCAAUGGCACGCACCUACGCAAUUCAGUUACAGCGUCCGGAGUUUUUAAGCAAUUUGAACAAUUUUUUUAAUUUUUUCGUAUUUGGACAGAUAAUGCAAAGGCACAUAUUAAUAUAUAGUACCUCCAUUCUAUUACUGACACCACAGAGUGUAUUUUUUAAUAAGAUUCCAUUACUAUUUACUUGCAUUUUUUGGAAAUCUAUAUUAUUAUUUUAAUAAAUUGGUGAUUUUUGUUGGUUCCUGAAAACCUUUACGUUAAAUCGCUGUUUUCGUUAAAUCCGUGUUCGCAAAAUCGGGGUUCUACUGUAUGUAUUUAGUUUGUUCAGUCUGGCGAUAGAAUGUCUCGACAAGAAAGUGGCAAUGGUUCAUAAGGUAUGGCUUAUUUGUCGGUUUUGAUUCAUGUUGUGUCACAAAGGUCUUAAAACAUAUGCAAAGUGAGUUAUAUUUUUAAAAAGAAUAUAUAAAUGUAAUGCAGUAUUAAGUAUUUUUUUCAUGAAUUUCAACACUGCAGGAAUUAUCACCACCAUCUAUAAUUUUUACAGAGUUUAGUAUAUAGUUAAAGAACAAAAAUUUUAUUGUUUAUACAAGAAAUAACUAUGUAUCUUCUAUGAUAACUCAUCACUCCUAAUAACCUAUUAUAAAUAUUCUUUAUAAAGAAAUUAAAAUCAAAAUAAUUUUGAUCAUGAUUGUGGUCCUUUUUUAUGGAUGUAAAAAACAUUUCUGCCGCUCAGUCCAAACAGUUUUUUCUUUAGCUCUUGGUUUCAAAAAGAGUAACAUAUUAGAAUUUUAAAUAAGGGUAAGAUUAGUAGUGUUUAUGUUAAAUUUUUUUACAUAGAUGAUGUCUUGUGACUUUGUUGGUUAGUUGAAAUAAUUUGGUACUUAUUUUCAUAAAUUUUACUUAUCAUACUUGGUUAUGAUUGGCUUAAAGCACAUACCACAAGCUAUCUAGGGACAGCGUUAGCUAAAAUGGUGAUAGUUUUUGGUUCUCAUAAAACUUGGAAUGUUUGAAUGUCAUCUCAGAUUCUACGUUCAUUUUUUAAAAUUAUAAUUUUUUUUAUGCAACAAAAAAAAAUUAACACUAUUUCAUUAGAAGUUACUUUCUUAACUAAAAUAAUUAAAAAGCUCAUUAAGUUUUAAAAAACUUUAAAUUAAGGCCAAAGGAAGUAGAUAAUUGUUACCUUUUUCCAAAAAUACAUUAUUUGGAAAAAUCAUUUUUAAUCUAAAAACCAAUUUUGAAUUUUUUUUAGUUUCACAGGUGGGUUUUACAUUAAAUUAAAUUGGAAAAGGAAACAUGAAUGCGGGUUUAUUGAGGUAUGCAAGUUAUAGAUAAAAUUAAAAAGUCUUAUUUCCUGAAUUUGUAGGUUUCUCCUGAGGGUGACUUGAACUUUUUUUUUCUAACUUAUUUCUCUGGGUGUGAAUUGCAAUGGUGUUGGCCUGUUUACGAGCAUUUGCGUUGAAGCUAUGCGAUCUUGCUGUUUACAAAAUUCUUAGUUUGGGUUCGAGAGGAGUUAGUCUUUCAUGUGUGGUUCACAAGGGGCUUAAAUGCAGCCUGAAAGUACAAGUUGUAUUUUUGCUUUUGCAUGAAUCAAAUGUUUUCUGUUGUUAUCAUCAUCUUGCCUGGAGUUUGUUACCACUUCUGACUGCUGCCGAGAUUCACUGUUCAUUGGAGUUUAAUAUAUGUAGUUUUUAAUUGCCUCGCAAGUUCUUUUAUUAUUGUUGUUUGUGCUCUGUGAAGUGAGAACAAACGUGUGUUGCACUGUUGUUUGUUAGUUAAAAGUUGUGCAGAUGUUUUAGUUACAAGUGUUUCUGGUACAGUAAAACCUCGUUUAUCUGGCUCUCAUUGUUCUGGAUCUAUAGGUAAUCCGGAUCAGAUUUGUAGACAUUUUAUUUAAUAUUCUCAUAAAAAUGACAAUUAUUUUCUACAUCUAUCCAAAGAUGGUUAGCACACAAUGUACCUUACAAUGCUUCAUUCAAACACCAUACAUGUUUGAAAUAGAAGAAAGUGACGAAUUCUUUGUUAAGAAAUUCUGUUAAAAGUUACUUUUAUAUUUAUUAAUGACUUGUAAACAAUAUAUGGCAUGAAUGCCGUAUAAUUUUGUUACAAAAUGUAGUUUUCGUUGUAGUAAACAGCAAGUCUGCUAAAUUAAGUAUUUUGUUUUGCUUACUAGCAAUAUCACCGGAUUAUCCAGAUUUUCGAUUGUGCGGAUUGCCUUUGGUCCCAGUUAAUCGGGAUGAACGAGGUUUAUCUGUACUGCGCUGAAGUCAAGCUUAUAUCAGUUAACUCGUUGCAAUGGUUCGACUUAUCAUGGAGAAGCUCCGUCCCAGUUCCUUUGCGCGAAACGAAUUAAAAUAGCUUGUAAUCCGUGUUGUCACAAAUAAUUUGUCUUAACAGGACAAUAUUUAGUCUCAAAGUACAUUGUAUUUUUAGUUGAAUAUUUCCUGUACUAAUGUAUGUCUAUUGUUUAUUUUAUGACUGUGUUUGUGACUAUAUUAUUUUUCAUGGUUGUGGGUUAUAUAAAAUUGAAAUGUACUAAAUUGGCAGGUAAAAUACUACUCAGUAUCUUUUUUUCAAGUUGUGGGAUAAAUAUUGAUAUUUGUUCAAAGUGAAAAGUAUUUUAGUUUUAAUUUCAUGUUAACCUUGUAAAUGAAUAGAUGUAUGUGAAUUUAUGAUUUUAUUUUUAUAACAUUUUACUAGACAAAUUUGGUUUUUGCAUGUUGAGAUUUGUGAUAUAUGUAUCUCAACUAACUUUGGUAGCAUUUGUUUUCUUCAUCCUUGGGAACAUUUUGUUUGACCAUGGGCAUUAACAAAAAGGUAUUAAAUUGUUUUUUAUGGCAGCUGUUACUAUGUUAGAUAUCAGUGAUUAGGGUUGUGUUUAUAACUAGGUUUUUUUUUUAUCAUGUACUUUACAUCAGUAUUUGUUUUUGUUUUGUUUGACAGUAUUGUACCAUAUACAUUUUUGGGCUAAGUAGGAUUGCAGAAUUAUGACAAAAUGUAUAAGAAAACUGAAUUUUAUUUCCUUUCGUAAAGUACUACAUUUUCUGGAUUUAUCUGAAUUGUUUUGUCUAAUUAUUUAUCUAUCAGUCACAUAUUAUUUGUUGUGGUUCUUGUAUGUAAUGCAGUCAAUUUUUUAUAGGCAUGAAAUAUUUUACUCACAUGAUCUCACAAAGUUUUACAUUACUUUUAUUGGUAGUAUUUAAUUUUUGAAAUUGGUUGAUUCCAUUAAUAUCUACGCAAUCUGUGAAAUUGAAGCUAGUUGAUUUUUCUUCUAUAAAAACUCUCAAAAAUGUGAGUUGUGUAUUAUUUUACUAAAAGUAUCAAAGCAGAUUUGUUUAUAAAUUUGAUUAGGAUUUUCAUUCAUUUAAUUGGAUGUUUUGCCAAGUAAUUAGAGUAUUGGGCCAAUUUAAUGUGUUGUGUUAUUAUUAAUUUGUUUAAUUUAUAGGGUUAUGGUUCAGUUCUAAGGAAUAUUUCCAAAUGAUUGGAAAACUUUCAAUUAAUCAUGUUUUUCCCCCAUUUAAUUAAUCAGGAGUUUCUUUUAUUUAAUGAAAGCUGUAAAUUGUUUUACUUAAAAUAGAUUAAAUAAAGUUUAGUGAAAAGAAUAAUUUUCACAUUACUACACACUACUUUUGCAUACUUUACAAGAAAAUUUUAUAUUGUGAGUGCCACUAAAAUUGCAUAAUCUUAUUGCAAGUUUCAUAAAAAGUGUAAUAAUUUUAAGCAAGGUUUCAUCCUAUUUUGUAUUCAGUUGCAAAAAUGCAGUUUUGUCAUAGUUUAAAAGUAUGGCCAAUCUAUUUAACAUAGCUUGUGUUACUCUUAUUUUUUGUUUUGAUUAUAUUUUAGAGCAUUUGUUACGUGUAUUAUUAAUGCAAUAUGAUUGAUUAUGAUUCAUAUUUAAACUGAAAUGUUUAAGAUUCAAAUCUUAGUUUCGGAUCCUGAUGCAUCACAUUCCAUUAAAGAUAAUGCUUAAGUUAGUACUAGAUAGGAAAAAGUGUAUGUUUUAUAAAAAUAAUUACAGUUUACAACUACAAAAUAUUAAUAGAAAAUUUUAAAGAGGGUAUUAUAUUUGGUCACCAGAGAGUCACAAAAUAAGUUAACUUGCACCUGCAAGUUUGAAUAAAAAUAACAAAUUAUGGUACAUAACUUUGCUGGAUUGUUACUAUAACAAAGAAGUCUGUGGUGAUUCAAUUCAAAAUACGGCAGAACAUACAACACUUGUAGUGAAAAAAUGUUUAAAUGACACUUGAAGUUUAAAAAAAAUUGCUAUAAAGCAUGAAAAAAGUAGUGUUAAUUAAAUUAUCUGUUAAGAGCUUUCGCCUACUACGAAUGUAGAAAUAAUAAUAAAUCAUUAUUAAUUGGAUUGAAUCAUUAUUAAUGCUGCCAAAAUAUACAUAUUCAAACAAAAUUCCUAUUAAAACAAAAUUAGCUCAAUACUCUGAUUAGUUUUAAAAGUUCAAAUUAAUCAAAAACUGAUUAACUUAAUUUUAAUUUAAUAAAGGGAACCCAAAAUAGCCAGGAGACGCAGAUUAAUUGUAAAACUUAGUUUAAUCUGCUGAAAAGUAUUAAAAAAUUUACUUAAUGGUUGUACUAAAGUAUAAGAAAAAAAACAAUUUUAUUGGUUUUGCUAUAGUAGAGAAAGAAUCAAAACCGGUUUCAAUUCCAAAACCAUUGAAUUCUGAAUCCUUUAAUCCAAUCAGAAUCUUUUUUUGACUGUGGUGGAGAAUUUAUUUAUUUUUUUUUUGGGGGGGGGGGGGGGGGGGGAGGUGGCAGGUAGUCGAGAUAAGAGUUAACGAGUGGCAUGUCCAAAAGCUUUUGAAUCGGGUGAAGGGCCGGUGUUCAAAAGAGGAUCAGCACGUUAACCACCUUACCUUCUUUGAUCUACCACUGGGCGCUAGACAACUUUGAUGUGUAUUGGCUGGAGAAAUGGGUGCAAAAUAGAUGAGAAGGAUUUUUUUUUUUUAAAGAGCAGCUGGCCAGUGAGGUGAUAAUUUUCGGGGAGGGAGGUGGGCACCCGGCUUGGUAGCAUCAAGAGAAGAGAAUCUUGUUGACCUGUAGUUUCACAGCCAAUCAAACAAACUUACGCAGAUAAAACAACCACCACUUGAUGCUACUUGCAGGGAUGUCUGAAAUCGGAGAUCACCCGCUGGGAAUUGCACAAAUCUUAAUGAUAAAACUUAUAGUGAUGCCCAAAUACCUACUCAAAAUGUCGAAUCGAGGUUUUAAGUACUCGACUUGAGCCUAAUUUUAAAGCUUGAAAAAUUUGAGUAGUCUACCGUUUGGUCUAAUUAAAACAAUCAUUAGUAGGAAACGUGAUUUGUUGGUGCAGAACUGAUUAAAAAGGUAUUUGUUACAAUUUAAUUUCUUCACUAUGCAACAUUAUAAUCUCCCACAGUUUAGUUAUUAUUAACAACAUAGAUUAUUAAGUAUUGAAUUUGUUAGCAAUGGUGGCUGAUUUUACUUAAUCUCGUAUUGUAUUUAUGAUUAUCAUUUUUGUUUUCACAUUUUGCGAUCAUUUAGCACACCGUCGUCAUAAUUUUGUUUACGGUAACCUGUACUACAAUAACAAAAAAAAAAUUACUUCUAGGCAAGCUUCAAAUAUUCUUUUUCACAUAGUUAUUAUUUGUAUUGUGCAUCAUUGAAAAGAAAGUACAUUAAAAAUAAACAUCUAUUUUCAUCUAUUUUACUGUUCACUUAGCUGAAAAUAAUGAUGGCCCACUUGAACGUGAAGUGAAUAUAAAUAUAAAUGAACAAAAAUGAGUGAUGAAUAAACACGGACAAAGCACCAUAGUUACCGCACAGACACAAUAGUUACCGUAAGUACUGCUACUUCACUCACCAAGCAUAAGCAUAAUAAUAUUGUACAUUCACCUGAAUAGUCUUGUACUGGGCAUAUAUUGAAUAUUUAAAAUAUAAAUAAAAUUCCUGUGUGAAAAAUUGUUUUCAUUUUAAUGUUCCAAAUAAUUUUUUAACUGCAAUGCAACUGGACAAACACAUUUUAGUUUCCUUGUGCUUCAUAAUAGCUACAAUUUGACAGCUUUUAUUUUAUUUAUUUUUUGUUAAUAGUUACUACUUAUACAGUAGAACCCCGAUUAUCCGUGUUAAUGAAGGGGACGAGUGAGUCGGAUAAUCGAAAAUCGCGGUUAGCCGAGUCAUGCUUGCCUCAAAGGUCAUUAGCCCACAGACAGCCAUCUGUGGACAUUCGGAGAUUACAUAUAUACACAUGCUUUGUGUGCGUGUGCGUUGUUGACAUAGAAGCGGACUGCUUAGUGCUGGGCAGCAGUGGUUUUUAAGUCUUUCGUGUGCGGAGACAUGGGCAAGUGAGUCGUUGUUGCACCGAGGUGUGUGACUAGCCGCCCGCCAGUCCGAGGGCCCAAGACAGCUGAUAGCUGCCAAGGUCAUGCAAUCUUUUCAUCGCCUGUAAGCGACGCUGCCACACUUAGCUCAUUGCUCUGUUGUCAGUAACACCAUAGGGCUGGUUAUUGUUUUACAGAACGACUGCCUUCAAAAUUCUUUUCGAGAUAAGAUUUUUCAUACCAGUGCACUGAGACUUGAUUUGAUGGUUUUGAAACGGUGUCUCUGUCUCGUAUAAUUCACGGUGUUUUUAUCCCCCUUUAUUUAUAUGAAUUUUAAAUGUUAGAUUUUUAUUUUUAGCUUGCUGAACGUGGAAUUAGUGCAAAAACAGCCUAUUAUGACUUAGUGUUGCAGAUGGGUCGGAAAUCUUAUAACGACCACCUCUCUAUAACGACCCUAAUCUCGGGAACCGUGAGGGGUCGUUAUAUCUAUUCUCCGUUCACUCUUAGCUGAGUUUUGAAAUAAACAAACACCGUCGUAACACUGCGCCGCGUCAGCAAGUGAUAGGCUGAAUUUAUCUUGCGUGCCAAGCACUAGUUGCAACACACACACUUCCGUACAGUCGGUGCUCAUAAAAUAACGGAGAAGUAAUAUAACAGGAAAAUGGUUGUUCUGUCAAGCCUAGUUUUUUUAAAAAAAUUACGUCUGCUGUGAUAAAAUUACGCCACUUAAUGGUACACCCUCCGACCUUUUCUGUUGAAACCAUUCAAACAAACAAGUGUCCAAGCUGCUAAAUGUGGAUUCUUUCAUCGUCUUGUGUUUAUUUAAUCCACUUGAAGUGUCAGCCUGUGAAGCAAACUGAAGGAUUUUUUCGCGAUUUUUUAUGAUGUCGCGCACUGUUGUGUUACCGACAUUAAACUCAGUCGCAAGUUUGCAAUCGUUUCUCCACUCUGAAAUCUUUCUAUAAUUUUUGUUUUGCUGUCGAUGGACAGUACCACUCUCUUUCUUUUCUGUUCAUUUGAUGACAUGAUGAAAUGUUGAGCUCAACACUUCCGCACAACACAACGGUAUAAUCCGUCGGAAUGCAGAUCACUGUUACAAUACAUAAAAUGAUCACCACCUUCACGCUUCAACAACGUACACUAAUGGAAUGGACUGUCUCCAUGCGCCGGGUAAUCUCUGUGGCACGGCGCCGUGCUGCGCGCGGGAGUGUACAGUCCGGUCAUGCGGACGUGGAAUCGCGCACCAGUGUAUAAUCUAUUCACGUAACAUGGAACACAAAAAUAUUAUGUACAUACGUAUGUAUAUACUAGUAUUUUUUUUAAAACUUUCUGUGUGUAUAAACAUAACUGAGUCAAAGUACUUUGACCAACAUACAUUUUGCAAAGUAUUUUAACAUUUACAUACAUUUUGAAUCAUUGGUUAUAUGUAACUAAAAAAUUGGACUUGGACAUAAAUCGCGGUUAAUCCGCGAAUCGGAUGAUCGAGUCGCGGAUAAUCGGGGUUCUACUGUAUACAAAUUUUUUUGUAAAUCUAAAUACCGAAGGUAGGGACUGGAGGCUAUAUGCAAUUAGCCUUAUGAUAGUGAUUCAAAGGCCAUCAGAAAAUACUAUGUACAGUGUGUACUAUAUUGUCACUAUUUUCUGUUUUAAAAGUAAAAUGCCUAAAAAAAGUUAUGCUUACUACUUGACUCGAAAAAGCUCAAUUUUUUGCACUAUUCAACUCGACUCGACAUUAAAUUAUGCUACUAUUACAUCCCUAACUUAAAUAAUAAGUUAGGAACUUCAAUUUAAUAACAGUUCUGUAAACUAUAUGCACUGGCAAAGAGUACAGAAGUGAAUACUAAAUAUGUUAUAGUGUUUUUCGCUUAAGAUUAGCGAUAGCAGAUUAUAAAAAAAAAUCUAAUUAACUAGGAUAUACAUAAUAAAUUUCUGCCCAAAAAAAAUACUUAAUUACAAAAAAACUUCCUACUUAGCCUUUGUUUUUUUUUUUGUUUUUUUCCCUCUAAAUUUUGGUUGUUUCAAUCAAAAUGUAUUUUUACAGAACACAUGUUAAAAGAAAGCCGGUUCUUUGUAAUCUGUAUUAAUAUUUGUGCAAUAUGUAAAAGCAACCAAAAUUAAAAAAAAAGACAUUGCCUGCAAAAGCAAUUAAAUAUGUAGUUAUGUAUGUAGUUUAUUUGACUUAACAAAAUGUUAGACAUUCUUUAUAUUUUGGCUAAGGCCUAAGUGGAUAAUAGUUGCAUAAUAUUGCUACUUUGAGUAUUAACGAUAAAAAUAUUAAUUUUAUUUAAAUCAGUAACAAGAAAUUGUGCAAUAAAUAACUGUAUGAAAAGUGAUGUAUUGACUAUUGUGGGCAGUUUUUGUACGCCGAAGCUUGUUUUUUGUUGCUGAAAAAUCAAUUGUUUAGACUACUGAGCAGUUACUGUACACUGUAGCUUCAGAUUUUGUUUUCUGUUGUUGAAUAAUCAUUACUUUAGAGUAUUUGAAUCAAGAUUUUGGGGUGGAAAAUAAGUAACUACAAUAAAUUUAAGGCACAUGUAGUUAUCAGUGUUACUGAAAAAUAUAUUUGAAUUUAAUAUUAUUAGGUAGUAUACUUUUAGGCUGAUCUAUCACUUAAGUAAGUAAAGUAUUCUACAAAUAUUUGGUAGUGCAACAAAUAUUGAAAAACAUUCAUUUUUAGUUUUGAUAAAUUCUUUUAUUAAAUAUUGUCAAAGUGAAAAUAUUUGUGUUCAGUAUUAUUUGAGUUUACUAUACUGGUUUGAAUUGUAUUAUUUUCUUUUCAAAUUAAAAAAAAUUAACUGUGUUUCAA